AUGAUCGAUAUCACUACAGUUGAAGGCUACGAUGAUUUUGUAAAGAACCAUAAAGACUUUUUAGUGGUUCUCCCUGAACACUCAGCGGAGCACGCAAAGAGUUAUAUAAUUGAAAACUCGAAUCACAAAGUGAUCGCGAACAUUGAUGAUUCCGUGAGGAAAUAUUUGAUCAACCGGAAGUAA